AUGUCUCAACAAAAACCUCCCCAUGAUUAUAAUCCAAAUUUACGAGGAAAUUAUGAAAAGCCUGGAGGAGCAUCCGAAAUAACUGGUCAGACACUCGGUGCCGUUCAAACUGUAGGAGAUGCAAUUACUCCAUUCCUUCCCUUGUUCAACACGGUUGCGAACGUUCUUAAACAAAUAUUAGAUAUUUAUGAAAAUGCAAAAUGUAAUGAAAAAAUAUGUGCCGCUUUAUUAGAUCGUGUUGAAAUUGCACAAACUGCUGUUAAAUCAUUGCAACGUAAAUAUCAGGCAAAUGAAAAAAAAUUUAGAAGUCAAGAUUAUUAUCAUGCUUGGGUUAGAUUUGUUAAUGUUUUGGAGAAUAUUAAAAAAUUUGCUAAAGAAGUUACACAAUUGACAUAUUUUCAAAAGUUUAUAAAUGCUAAUGCUGUAAAAGGUGCUUUUGAAAAAAAUAUUAAAGAAUUUGAAGAAGUUUGUAGUGAUUUAAACUUUACUAUGGCCAUGUACAAUGCUGAACAAAGAGAAAUAGAGGCACAAAAUGUAGCAGAAGAUCUUGAGAUUUUGAAAAAGUCAAUGACCGACAUGAAGGAUGAAAUCAAGGCUGAAAUUAGGUUAGCAAUAACGGAAGUUACUACGUUGCUAACAAGCGCAAAUAAUCUGGGUACACAAAUUAGUGAUGCACAAAGCAAAGGUGGUGUGAUUCCCAUGGAUAAAAUGGGACCUAAAUUGAUCGAAGAAUACGAAGCUCCCAAGGUAGAUCCAAAUGAAUUACACGAACCAUUUUCUUCUAAUGAUAACGUUCGUGGAACCAAUAAAGCUGUUCGUAAAAAAAUUUUCCGUGGAAUGGAGGUAGCAUCUUGGGAAGAUGAACCUUCAUCGCGUCCUUCGGACAUGGAAAUGCAACAGAAGCUUAAAGAGCUUUUUCAAUUGCAUGUAGGUAUUUCCCCACAUAUACAACCCAAAAAAGCUGAUUCUAGUGACGUCUCAGAUUUAGAGCUUUCAACCAAUUUCCAAGAACAAGUUUGCAUUAGCACUGAUCUUCAACAACCUAAUAAACAAUUUGAAUUACCUGAUGAUUCAAAUUCAGAAAAUUCUACUGCACUUUUUAACUUGGGAGAUAUUUACUGGAAUGGAAAGCUUGGGGUUGAAAUUGAUAAAGUAAAAGCUGAGUCAUAUAUUAAAUUGGCAGCUUUGAAAAAUCAGCCUAAAGCUAUUCAAUUUUUGGAAAAAAUUAAGGCAGAAAAGGCUAAAAAAUAA